UGAGAAGCUAUCAAGCAUGGAAGAGCGGCGGGCGAUGCUGUUCGCUGUGAGCUCGAUCUGCGAGGAAGAAGCGACGCGAGACAGCGUCAAUGCUGAGUUUUCGUUAUCGAGUAGUAGUCGAUCGGUGCGGCCAACGUUGUCGCCUGAUGCACUGCAAGUUCUGACAGAGGUCGCGAUGAAGCAGCUUGAGCUUGUGGCACAUGACCUGCAGCACUUUGCACGCCACGCCGGUCGCCGCACGAUUUCUCCGGAAGAUGUCAUGCUCGUGGCAAGGCGCCAAGCAGGGCUCGUUCAAAAGUUGCAAGUGUUUCAGCGGCAACAUGGAAUGACCACAAACACAGCAGCGAAGAAGCGUAAGCGGAAAGACUCGUUCGAUUAAAUAGGACGACCGACUUGAACGGUCUUUGAUGCCUGUCACUGUCGCAUUCAUUACAGGAUCACGCAUCCUUCGCACAUGGACCGCUUGUGCCAGCUCAAUGUGCGGCUCGGCGGAAGUGGCGCGGGAGGGAGUGGCUGUAGUGGUGCUUUGUCGACAUGCUGUUGGGUCGCGCGUUGAAUGGCGCUGGAAAACUGGUGGAAUUCAGAUGUAGGGGACAGGAGGGAGAUGCGGCCGCCGUCCUUGCGUUUGUUUGUCCCAGACAGUGCCAUAUCGCUGAGGAGACCGCCCAUGGGCUUAUCGGAUGGCGACGGAGGGCUGGACCUAGAAUGGCAGUCCGAGCUGUUGCUGCGGCGACGUAGUCGUCUGUGAUGGAAGUCACUGCCGCGCGACGAGCGCCGAUGGCGAUAGGCCGACUGCAACCGCGAAUCGUGGAUGGCACUCGUGUCGUCUUCAAAGCAGCGAAGAAUGAGUGGCUCCGUUCUUGCGCCCUGCGACCACUCCUUGAACGACAGUUUGUGGUCUCGGUCGACGUCCAUGCGCAGCAAUUUGUGUAGAAAUGCCACUGGGAGCACGCGAUCGUAUCUACAAGCACAAUGAGCAUCGCCGACACGCCCCAUCAGCCGAACCGAUUGAGUAGAGC